GAGAGCGCACACGUAUUAAGUAGGCGUCUGACAGCUUGUCCUUUCUCCCUUCUUCUCCUGUCGUUGUCACUGAGGCACCUGUUUCGUUUCCAAGUGGCCGCUGGGCUUCGCGGUCGCGGGGCUCUCCAUGAUCGGCACCAUGGCUGGAUCCUCACACCGCGUACUGCUCGGACCGCUAGUUGCUGCCAUCGACCAGGGCACCAGCUCCACACGGUUCUUGGUGUUCAAUUCCAAAACGGCGGAACUCCUCAGCCACCACCAGGUGGAAAUCAAACAGAGCUUCCCAAAAGAAGGAUGGGUGGAAGAGGACCCCAAAGAAAUCUUGCAGUCUGUCUAUGAGUGCAUGGAGCGCACUUGUGAAAAACUCACACAACUCAACAUUGACAUCUCAAAUAUUAAAGCGAUUGGAGUGACCAACCAAAGAGAAACCACCCUUGUUUGGGACAAAGAAACAGGAGAGCCCCUGUACAAUGCGAUAGUUUGGCUUGACCUGCGGACUCAAUCAACAGUUGAGAGUCUGAUCAACAAAACACCAGGAAGGAAUAAAAACCACUUGAAGCAUAAAACAGGCCUCCCUAUCAGUACUUAUUUUAGUGCAGUGAAACUUCGAUGGUUGAUGGACAAUGUGGACGAAGUUCACCAAGCUGUACUUUCUCACCGCGCCAUGUUUGGCACUGUGGACUCUUGGCUCAUUUGGUGUUUAACUGGGGGCAAGUUUGGAGGGGUCCACUGCACAGAUGUGACCAACGCCAGUCGAACCAUGUUGUUCAAUAUUCACACCAUGGACUGGGACCCAGAGCUCUGCAAAUAUUUUGGUAUUCCAAUGGAGAUUCUCCCCCGAGUGAGAAGUUCUUCAGAAAUCUACGGCCUCAUGAAAUCAGGAGCGCUCUCUGGUAUUCCCAUUUCAGGGUGUCUUGGGGAUCAGUCGGCAGCACUGGUUGGACAGAUGUGCUUUCAAGAUGGCCAAGCUAAAAACACUUAUGGAACAGGCUGCUUUUUGCUACGCAACACUGGACCCAAGCCAGUAAUGUCUGACCAUGGGCUUCUGACCACUGUGGCCUAUAAAUUGGGUCGAGACAAACCUGCCUGCUAUGCAUUAGAGGGUUCUGUGGCCAUAGCAGGAGCUGUGGUCCGUUGGCUGCAAGACAAUCUUGGCAUUAUUGGAUCGUCCGACGAGCUUGAGGUGUUGGCCGCAUCUGUUGGGACGUCUUACGGGUGUUACUUUGUUCCUGCCUUUUCGGGGCUUUAUGCACCAUACUGGGAGCCCAGCGCGAGAGGGGUCAUUUGCGGGUUAACGCAGUUCACCAAUAAGAGUCACCUUGCAUUUGCUGCACUAGAAGCAGUCUGCUUUCAAACACGGGAGAUACUGGAUGCCAUGAAUCAAGACAGUGGCAUCCCACUCACUCAGCUGCAAGUGGAUGGAGGAAUGACAUCCAACAGGCUGCUGAUGCAGCUGCAGGCGGACAUUCUCUGCAUCCCUGUCGUGAAGCCGUCCAUGCCAGAGACCACCGCUCUGGGGGCAGCAAUGGCGGCCGGUGCAGCAGAAGGGGUGAGCGUGUGGAGUCUGAACCCGGACGACUUAAGUGAAGUGACGUCAGAGAAGUUUGAUCCACAGAUUAACCCUGAAGGUAUAUUAGAAUUCACCCACUGCCCAUUUUGCAUUGUCAUUUUUUUUUUUUUUCCCUGCAUGUGUCCCGCAGAGAGCGAGUUCCGAUAUGCACGGUGGAAGAAAGCCGUUCAAAAGUCUAUGAACUGGGAGACAACGGAGCUGCCAGCUAAUGGAAAUGGUGAAAACAGCAUUUUCAGCAGUGUCCCACUAGGCUUCUACAUCAUGGGCAGCAUGCUAAUGCUGAUUGGAGCCAACUACAUUGCAGGUCACGACUAGUCUGCUGGCGGUCAGAAAGGACAAAGACUCGCUGCUGAAUAUUUCUUUUUUUGUCACUCCAGAAAAAGAACGACUGCUUGAACUGACAUUAAAUGGGACCUUUUUUAAUUUCUCUUGUUGAACUACAGCAGGAGUAUACAUGCGGUACCAGUUUUUCUUCCUCUGCUUUAUCAGCUUGCUUAUUGUCAGAUUGUUGUGAGCCAGUUUUUGUACAUAUGCACAGUGCUCGUUCCUCACUGUUAGCACCCUCCAAAUCCCGGUUUAAGAAGGUACUGUUUAGUGCUCUUUAGUUUUUUUUUUUUGUUUUUUUUUGUGCUUAAGUUUAUUUUUUUUUUUUCCAUGGAAAAAUAAACAAUCUAGGAAUAUAUAUUUGUGGAUUACCCACACAAACAUUUGCUUUCCUGUUUCAAUACAGCCACGAGCAGAAAUUAUUUUUAGACUAUAAAACCUGUUUCUCCAAAGUGUUGACUAGAAAGCGCUUGCAAUAUGAUAGUUGGUCAAUAUUUAUUUUUGUCCCAUAACGUGUGUGUGUAUAUAACACAUACGCACACCUGAAACCAAAUGGUAAAUACUGUAGGGUUGGGAACUGAAGAUUUGUUGAAGUCACAGGAGGGGAGGUACCCAAAAACUUUUUCUCAUUUUUCCAUUCUACAAUGUUAAACCAUGAAUAAACCUGUCUGUGAUGUAUCAAAUGUCCUU